AUGGGAGAACUCACAUACUUCCUAGGAAUUCAAGUUAAGCAGACUGAGAAUGACAUCUUUAUUCAUCAAUUCAAGUACUACACUAAUCUGUUAAAGAAAUACAAAAUGUUGGACUGCAAAGAGGCUACAACCCUUAUGGCAACAAACUGCUAUCUUGACCUUGAUGAAGAAGGAAAAGCGGUUGAUCAGAAAAUGUAUAGAGGUAUGAUUGGAUCUCUACUGUACUUAACUGCCAGUAAACCAGAUAUCAUGCAUAGUGUCUGUCUCUAUGCUAGGUUUCAGUCUCUACCAAAAUUAUCACACCUAACAGUUGUAAAAAGAAUUUUGAAAUACUUAAAGGGAACCAAGAAUCUUGGACUAUGGUAUCCAAGUGGUUCAAACAUUUUUCUUAAGGGAUAUAGUGAUUCUGAUUUUGGUGGUUGCAAGCUAGACAGAAAGAGCACUAGUGGUACAUGUCAUCUACUUGGAUCUUCACUGGUAUCUUGA